UUCCACCCGAUGGCGAUGCCUUUCUCUUUACCGCACGUGACUUUAAAACACCUACACACGUGACUGCAUCCACACCAUAUCCAACGAACACUACCACCAAGCAGCAACGGUAACUCCUCCGUCCCUAUGAACACAACCUCCACCAUGGCCGCCGAAGAUCCCACACCCAAACCCCCAUCACCAUCCCCAUCCCCAUCCCCAAACACCGAUCUAUCCCAAAUCCCCUCAAAAAUCCCAAUUCGCCCCCAAAAAAUCCGAAAGCUUUCCCCCACCACAACACCACCAGAACACCCCCAACCCCAACCCACCAUCGCCGACGCCGACGCUUCCAAAUCCAUCAUCCUCUCCACCCCCACCCCAAACCCCACCACCCCUAAACACCGCCGCAGAAACCCGUCACACUCCGCCACUCAAACCCCCCAAAUCAUCAAACCCUUAUCUUCCUCCGGCGAGAUCGCCGCCGCCCUCAACCACCUCCGCAACUCCGACCCACUUCUCUCUGCCCUCAUCGCAACUCACCCUCCCCCCACUUUCGACACCCACCAACCCCCUUUCUUAGCCUUAUCAAAAUCCAUUCUUUACCAACAAUUAGCUUACAAAGCCGGCACGUCGAUAUACACGCGCUUUGUAUCCCUAUGCGGCGGCGAAAACGCCGUCGUACCGGAAACUGUUCUUUCUUUGAGUCCUCAACAGCUUAAGCAGAUUGGGGUUUCUGGGCGGAAGUCAAGUUACCUUUUUGACCUUGCUAAUAAGUUUAAAAAUGGGAUUUUGAGUGAUGAAAGUAUUGUGAAAAUGGAUGAUAGGUCUUUGUUUACUAUGUUGUCUAUGGUGAAGGGGAUUGGAUCAUGGAGUGUGCAUAUGUUUAUGAUAUUUUCGUUGCAUCGGCCGGAUGUGUUGCCGGUUAGUGAUUUGGGGGUGAGGAAGGGGGUGCAGGUUUUGUAUUCGUUGAAUGAGUUGCCGAGGCCGUCGCAGAUGGAGCAGUUGUGUGCGAAGUGGCGGCCGUAUAGGUCGGUUGGGGCGUGGUAUAUGUGGCGGUUUGUGGAAGGGAAGGGGGGCCAGGCGGCGGGUGGGUUGGAGAAUGAUGGGUUUGAAGGGCAGCAGCGUGUUGGGCAGACGGAACAGGGGCAGCAGCAGCAGCAGCAGCAGCAUCAGUCGCAGCUUUUGGAACCGAUUACGAAUAUUGGGAAUCUCGGGGCCUGCAUAUGGGGACAAUGACGACUUGAUGAUUUGAACGCGUGCAAGAAGACUAGUAAGAAGAAAAUGGAGUUAUUGUGCUGAAUUUGGUGUUGUAAAUUGAAUCAUCACAUACGAAUGAGCUUCUUCUCAAGUUCUUCAGGUUAAGUACCUAAAUAAACACGAUUAAUGUCAUAUUUUUAUUCUGUAGUUUUAGUGUCUUGCAUGUAUAUGGAGCUAUGGACCAUAAAUGCUAUGAAUGAGGUACUUUUAAUGAAUGGAAUGCAAAAUAAUUGUAACAUAAAGUGUGAAUUGUAAGAAUGGUUAUUGGAAUUUGGAUC